AUGGCUUCCUUAAUAAACAAGAUCUCUGAAUUUCGAAUUCCAGGAAAGGAAAGAACUCUUGGAAAAUCUGCCAAUAUGUUGUCCCGACUGUUCCUUCUUCUCUCCUUCGUCAUUUUGUGCCACUCGAUCGUCUCUGAAAUCUCGCACAGAUUCCUUCAUAGGGAUCCAGAGUACGAGGGGCGUGUCUACUACGAACCCCUGUACACUUCAAAAGACUUCCGUCUUGGUGGAUCCGCUCAACUCUCUCCACUCUAUGAAAUGACCAACUCGCACCUUCUGAAUUUGGCCGAUUUGCUCCGAAAACGAACUGAAACUCAAACUCCGUACUAA